AUGGCUCCAUCGAAUCAUAUACGGCACACCGCCGACUUGAUACGAGAACGAGUUCCUACAGAGGCCGACCCAUCUUCGAUCAUAUUGUCUACACGGGAAGACGAUAACAGCAAAGACAGCGAUCGAAGUCAGGGAGGUGGCAAAUCUGGCAAAGGCGACGACAGCAAGGGUUCCGGGAACGACAAGGACGGUAGUCGAAGCGACAAGGGCAACAAGAGUGGCGGAGGACAAAGUUGCUCUGGUGGAAAACGCUCGGGAGAUAACGACAAGAACGGCGACAGCAGCAAGAACAACCGAAGCCGAGGAAGCGGUAGGACCGCCAAGGAUUAUUCUACCCGCGGCAAGGCUCCAGCCGCGUCUUCUGGAGCGCCGACCACAACGGCAACUAUGAUGUCCUCUUCAUGUACACCACAGCCGACGCCAGCUAUUCCCACAGCCUCCCCAGAACCCGACAGAGCAAAUGCGGUCAACAAUGCGGCAUCUGCAAGUGGUGAACAAGCGCUUCGGCCCCAGCAGGCUGCUAUAAACACUCUCUUCACUGUGACGACGAAUUCAACCCCAACACCGGUCAUCCUGCUCUCCACAGUCAUACCGGAUCUCGCCAGCAAUGUUCCCCAAAGCACGGCGCUGUCUUCUGCCCCGACCUUGGCAACGGGCAAUCCUGCUAUGACCGACACGGCACCGAGCUCAGAAGCUGCAAACGGCUCUUCCAACAAUUCGAAUUCCUCGACAUCGGGGCCUGGUGGCGAACCUGCUCAACAACAACAACAAGGAGGGGGGUCACAGCAGGACGGUGUGUCAACGGAUGCUACAACCCAGCGGGUUUUGAUAUCGGUUGGCUCAAUAGCUGCUUUUGCUAUACUCUUGUUUGUUGGUUGGAUGAUUUGGCGUAAUGCCAAGAGUUCCAAGCGACGGGGGGAACCGAACUCGUCUGCCAAGACAUCACAAAGUGGAUAUUUCGGCAAAGUGCCAGCCUUCUACCACAAAGUAGCCGCCAAGAUACCUUUCCUCAAGGACCGUCAGCAACUGCCGUGGCAGGAGGUUAACGAGAAGGACAGCCGCAUUGCUCCAUUGAACCGUAGCGUUGCCACCCCGGCGACCCUGGUACCAACGUCAGUAACGCCGGCAACAUCGAUGACACCAGUCUAUUCGAGCAUGACAUAUGGCAACGAGAAAGUGUACCAGCCGCUUCCAACCUUGCCGCGUUUACAGACCAGAAUCUCUUUCCUGCCUCAGCCGCACAUGAACAUGUCUCCCGCCAUGGGUAUUUCGCCGGCAGGAAUUGGCAUGUCGCCUGGAGCGAGUAGCCAGUCUCCGGCCAGGUCACUAAUGAACACCCCACAAGUAUCACAACUACAAUAUGACUUGACUGGCUUGCAAACAAGGAAACCUAGGGUAUCCACAAUAUCUUUGCAUCAAGCAAACAACUCGCUCAGCUCAACCAACGCAGCUCAAUUUGAAGGGACUUUUAACAGCAUGGGCGCAUCAGCUGGGUCACUCAGGCUACCCAUGAGGAGCCCAGGCCACAACCGGCAUGAGGUCCCUGGAGAGGCCUAUGAUCAAACAAGGCGUCAAAACAACCAUGCCUCGAUGCUCUCGUCUCUGUCCUCGGGCUUUGGCGAUGGUGACAUCAUCGUUGAUGAUCAACCGCAACCGGGACUUCAACAGCCGCUGUCACAAGGCCUAACCGCAGCGCAGUUGUCAUAUAUGCAAACGCAAGCGCUACCAACUCAACAACAGUCUCUGCGCAAACCCGCCCAUAGCAGGACGUCAAGCCAAACAUCUUGGAUGAGCCGCUCAAAUCGGGACACGGUGUAUACUCAGGCCAGUGAAGACUCGCCUCCCAGAUUCCGCACUAUUAGCUCGUGGGUCCAUCAGCAAACCAGCCGUGUGAGAAGAGCGGAACGCCGAGCCAAUGCCGAUGGCCAGACGCCGUCGGUGCCAGCACAUAGAUGGCACGACAUGCCACCUGAGCCUCAGUUCAACAUGAUGAUGGACGAUGGCCAAGCGCCGCGGGCCCCCGAAUCAGUUUUCGGACGGCGGCCAAGCGCCACUUAA